UCCCCAAAUCGCUGGAAGAGUUGACAACGAUCGCAGUGUGUGCUUCCGGCAUAGUAUUCUCACUCCACUGAAUAUCAGAACCCAAUAUCUGCAAUCUGCAAUCGGGUUAAGUGGGUUAGUUCAAGUGGGAUUAGGGUUAAGGGGCGAGGGAGGGGGGAGGCUUGGGUUUUAACUACAAUGUGAAAGUAGCCAUUUCCUAGGUGCAUUUGUACGAGGAGAAAGGCAGCUCUUGCAUCACUGUGCCCCUUGCGAGGAUGUGAGAGGUUUCAGUGAUGCCUGCGCACAAGUACUACUGCGAUUACUGCGACAAGCAAUUCUACGACACUCCUGCAUCGCGCAAGCGCCACUUGCAGGGAAUCGCGCACCAGCGGGCCAAGAAACAAUGGUUUGAUUCCUUCAGAGACCAGGAAUCUGGAUUACCCCAGGAUGCGAAACGACCGCCGUGCACAUUCUUCUUGCGCACGGGAACAUGUCAAUACGGAAGUGAAUGUAGAUUCGAGCACCCGGUGCAACCACCAGCUCCAUCAGCGCCUGGUCCUUUCGAGGCUUUGAACGUGGCACCUGAAUCAUCAGCACUGCCAAACUUACUCAUGAAGGAUCUGCCACUCUCUCUUCGCCCCCCACCAGAAGGGGGUUAUCCUCCACUCCCCCCUGUAGAAUGGGGAUGAGCAUCCUUGUCAAAGGGUAUUAGUUGCAUUAUUCACCUCCUCAUUAUUGAUGUCGUGUGAUAGCAAUACUUGCAUAAUGAUGAAGUGUGAGAAGAAAUUGGACACUUAUUGACAUCCAACCACGUACAGAAACAGUCAUCGUUUGAAAUCAACCCGGCAUUUUAGCCUAUUAUUUUAGCAUGUAGAUAUUGCUGUUAUCUAAUAAUUGACGGAUUCGACGACUA